GUUUCACAUCAGACGUACAAGGAGAUACUUUACACGCGUAAGAAAGCAUAGAACAAAAUAAGACCUGCUGGUUGAGUUGAUGGACUAAUGGAAAGCAUUCUCAUUUAACUAUAUACAGCUGAAGUGGUGAUUUUUGGCCAAAGCCAAGGCUGUUGACUUUUACUGGUUUAUAAUCAACAAGACUGUGCGUGAUAUGGAAUAGCCAAGCAUCAAGGCCUCAAUUUAAUAUAAAAUGCAGUGCUGCUCAAGGUUCCUGCAUGUUUCUGGAUGCUUCUCAUAAGAAACUGGAAUGGAAUCAAUGCAUAGUGCAAAUCAUCAGAAGUUACUUUUUUCUGCAUCAGUAAUGUGUCUGGAGACUUCAGCAUGUACCACAGAAGAAGACUGUUUGACUAGUUGUGAACAAGAAAGGUUGUACAAAAUAAAUAAAACUGGAAGUAAUGAUCCACAGGGAGAUAGUGGUCAAUGUUUAGAGGAUGAGAAUCCUUCUUCACUGGUCUGUGAAGAUGGGCCCUUGAAAUUGUGCACAGUGUCCAAACAUCCCACCAGGAACUCAGAGGUUGAUGAAGGUUGCCAGUAUAGAGUCUUGCCACACCUACCAGAGUGGAAUUUGGAAAGUGGUGAUGAGGAAAUGAAGUGUGCUUCAAUUCUUGAGGUAGCAUCUUCCAAUUCUUCUCUGCAUAAAAAUGCAUGCAGUACAGCAAGUUCACGACGUAAGCCGAAGGUUGAAAAGUUCAGAUCAAGUAUUAUCAUGUUUUCUCACUGUGGAUCUCAAACUGAACCUGCACAUAGUGAAAUGACUGAACUUUUCAUUUGUGAAGCAUUAAAUGAAUUGUAUGGACCUAUUUCAUCUGAAGAUAAUUUCGCAGAAUUACCACACGAUGUGGGAUAUUUUACGAGAAAGGGAAAACAAGCAAUGAAUGGAAAACAAAAUUGCAGUCUUUCUACUGGGAAAACAUCCCAAUGGCAGCUUGGAAAAAACAUUGAAAAGGUUAGGAUUCCUGAAGAAGACAAUUCAUUGAAGCAAGAAGAGACAGGAAAAGAGGAACUGCCAUCUGACGAUAUUUUUCUGUGGUCAGACUCAAUGACUUUAUUGAUGAGAAAACUUGACCAGCUGAACAUGGACAUUGAGGAUGCGCUUAGCUCCAGCCCAUCUCCUACCAGCACUCCUGCACCGAAGAGGCGUCAAGAUCUUCAACAGCCAGCACUGCCAUUGAAGUUGAGCCAGGAGACAGCUGAGAUUGAAGCCAAGGAAGCGUGUGACUGGUUGAGAGCUGCUGGAUUCCCUCAGUAUGCACAAUUGUAUGAAGAUUCCCAAUUUCCAAUUGACAUUGCAUCUGUAAAGAAAGAUCAUGAUUUUCUUGACAAAGAUUUCAUGGAACCACUUUGUAGGCGACUCAACACUCUGAAUAGGUGCACCUCUAUGAAAAUAGAUGUCACCCUUCCCAAGAAAAAAAGUGAGGACUCGGAUGAAGAUGAUUUAUGUGCAAUUAGUGAUAAGUGGACUUUUCAAAGAAGCAGUAAGAGGUGGUCACGACUGGAGGACAUUGAUGUGCUGUUUCCCAGGCAAGACGCUCACCUUUCUGCAGGUGGCACAAAGUUGAAAAAUACAACUAGCAGUGAGAGUGUACUCACAGAUCUCAGUGAGCCUGAAGUCUCCUCCAUUCACAGUGAAAGCAGUGGAGGAAGUGAUAGCAGGAGUUUAGCUGGUAGAACUGUAGAAAGAAACUGUGCAGCCACAGAACGCCCAGAAUGUUCUCUACUAAACUGUGCUGAAACCACAGUAAUGCCAGACUGCACCUUACUGAAUACUUCAUUGCCACAGACUCCAAAAGACGUUACAAACUACAGUUUUGGUCUAAAAACUGAAAACGCAAAAGCAAAGGCUAAGAAUCUUCUAAAGCGUAUGGAAACAUUGAGACCAAGAGCUUCUCAUAAAUUCAAGGGAACAAUGCGAUCAGGACCACUGGUUAUUAGUGCACCUGUACUGCAACAGGAGCCCGAGUCAUUGAGGACCAUGCAAUGUGUCGAGAUAGUCAGUGGAAGCUUAAACAACUUGGCAAAAGAUGCAACCAAAAGUGGAUUUUCAUUAUCGGCUCAAUCCAGUAGUGACAGUCACUCGGAAACUAGCAGCAGCACUGUGAGUACACCGUGUUUAAAAUCACGGAAGAGACGUUUUGCCAACAAACGUAGUGGCAUGUACCUUGAGGAUAUCGAUUUCAUGCCCGGAACAACGAUAAAGCAAGUGGCAGAUCAGAAUCGUAGAAAUGAAUUUCGUUCCCAAGAAAACCUUGUUGUUCACAUUCCAAAGGAUCACAAACCAGGCACCUUUCCAAAGGCACUCUCCAUUGAAAGCCUUUCUCCAACUGACAACUAUAAUCCUGUAAACUGGCGAACUGGAAGCAUCUCUCUUGGAAAACAGAAAUGCAGCAUAAACAAGCCCAAGAAUUGCUACCCGAAAGGAAGCAGAAUCAGCAUCUAUGACAAUGUACCUGGAUCCCAUUUAUAUGCCAGCACUGGUGAUUUGAUGGACUUGGAAAAAGAAGAUAUUUUUCCUCACUUAGAUGAUAUCUUACAGCAUGUGAACGGACUGCAACAGAUUGUAGACCAUUGGUCAAGAAACGUGUUACCUGAAAUACAGGAUGACGAACUCUCUGUCUGUGAACGUCGAUUCCACACAUCUAAUCAAAUAAUGCUUGACUUUGAAAGGCAUUCUAUGUCAGAUGGUCAGACUACACCCAGUGACCUUGAUCGAGAUGGUCAAUCCUUAAAUGAAUCUGAAGCUGUAGGACUAAGAGACCGUAGGGACUCUGGAGUAGGGGCAUCUUUAACCAGACCUAGCAGGCGUCAAAGGUUACGGUGGCACAGUUUCCAGAUUUCACAUCGACUUAGCCUCACUUUAGCUUCACUACAGAUCAGCAACCAGUCAGCAGCUCAGCUCAACCUGCUGCAGAAGUUUUCCCUCCUUCGACUCACAGCUAUAAUGGAGAAAUAUUCACCAUCAAACAAACAUGGCUGGACCUGGUCUGUGCCCAAAUUCAUGAAGAGGAUGAAAGUACCCGACUAUAAGGACAAGAAUGUCUUUGGCGUACCUUUGAUAGUUCAUGUACAGAGGACAGGACAGCCCCUCCCUCAGAGCAUUCAACAAGCCAUGCGUUACCUGAGGAGUCACUGUCUAGAUCAGGUGGGUCUGUUUCGGAAGUCUGGAGCCAAAUCCCGAAUUCAGGCCCUUCGACAGAUGAACGAAGCUUCUCCAGAUAAUGUUAGUUACGAAGAUCAAUGUGCCUAUGAUGUAGCUGAUAUGCUGAAGCAGUUCUUUCGCGAUCUCCCAGAUCCUCUCCUGAGUAGCAAACUAGGGGAAACUUUCCUGCAUAUCUAUCAGUAUGUUCCCAGGGAGCAACGGCUACAGGCAGUGCAGGCUGCCAGCAUGCUGAUGUCGGAUGAAAACCGUGAGGUUCUGCAAACCCUUCUUUGUUUCCUUAGUGACGUGACUUCAGUAACAGAAAAUCAGAUGACUCCUAUGAACCUUGCCGUUUGCUUGGCACCAUCUCUCUUCCACCUUAAUUUAAUUAAGAAAGGAUCCUCCUCUCCAAGGGUAAUGCAUCGUAAAUAUGCAAUGGGAAAACCUGAUCAGAAAGACUUGAAUGAGAAUCUUGCAGCUACACAGGGACUGGCCCAGAUGAUCAUAGAAUGCAACAAAAUUUUCCAGAUCCCUCAAGAUAUGAUGAUGCAGUCUCGGAACUCUUACAUUGAGGCUGAUGCCCAUCCAUUGACACUGGAGGAACUUGGAAAACAACUCGAAGAUGAAGGUGCAAAUUAUCAGACCUACCUGGAGAACCUCAUCCAGAACCUCCAGAAAGAAGCCAGGGAGAAAUUUAAAAACUGGGUUGCGUGCCCAUGCCCUGAUAACACUGAACUUGCUUACAAAAAGGUUGGUGAUGGUCACCCUCUCCGUCUGUGGAAGGUAUCCGUUGAAGUCGAGGCACCACCUUCAGUAGUUCUAAAUAGGGUACUACGAGAGCGUCACUUGUGGGACGAUGACCUACUCCAGUGGAAAGUUGUGGAGUCCCUGGACAAGCAGACCGAAAUUUUUCAGUAUGUCUUGAACAGCAUGGCCCCCCACCCCAGCCGGGACUUCGUCACACUGAGAACGUGGAGGACCGAUUUACCAAAGGGAACAUGCGCAUUUGUGGCCAUUUCUAUAGAACACGAUGAUGCACCUUUGGUGGGUGGAGUCCGAGCCAUGGUCAUUGACAGUCAGUGUCUGAUUGAGCCAUGUGGCUCAGGGAAAUCCAGAAUGACACACUUAAGCAGAGCAGAUCUGAGAGGGCGGACUCCAGAAUGGUACAACAAAGCCUUUGGAUGUCUCUGUGCAGCAGAUGCUGAAAGGAUCAGAAUCUCAUUUCAACCUAUAAAUUCAGAAGGUCCGGAAACCAAAAUCUAAAAUGGAAGACUAUAUAUUGGAAGGGAAGCCAUUUUAUGGGAAAGUUGAUUCCUAGAAGCAAAUAUAUAAAUAGCUCACAGUAAUAGUGAAUGGCUUCCUUGCUAGCAAAGACAGUUGUAAUUUUUUAUAUUGAAUAAUAAACUUGCCAAGGCUGUUUAUGGUACUGUACUGUCCUGAUUGCCAUAGUUAUCCUCUAGAUUGCAAAUACUCAGUGGUGCUGACCAGCAUCAUCCAUAGCUAGAUUUUAUAUUAUGUAUUGCAGUGCCUUUCUUCAUGGCCUGAUUCAAACUUGGUGCAAUUCCUGUGCCAUUUACUGGAUAGAUUUGUAUAAAACCAUGCAUCUAGAGCUGUUUAGAAAGUCACUUUCAAUAAUUGUAUUUUUAAUUUAUCCAUAUAUACUCGGUGGAAAACUAAGCCUGGAGUCUAGAUAAUUAUUGUGGGCCUCAUACAAAAAUUGAGAUCAUAAAUCCAAACAGAAUUUUAAACUGUGCUUUGCAUGGUGUGAGGAUAAAUGCUUCUGAGAAGCAUCAACAUUUUUAUUUUAUAUAUAUAUGUAGAUAAUAAAGAUCUGUAUGAAGUAUAAAAUAUAUAUAUAUAUAUAUAUAUAUAUUCUGUAUCUGUAUUUUAAGCAUAACAUUUUGCUGUGAUGCCUGGCUGUCUAGCUGGUAUUUCUAGCUCUUGGAUCCCAAAUCUUGCCAUAGAAUUUUAAGCUGAUUUUUUGCUAUUGUGAGCCAGAUGUUUGCACAACAAGGCCAAUUUCACAAUGACUUUUUGAGGUCAGAUCUGCUUUGAUGCAGUUUUAGCUUGACUUUAUCUAUGUUGGAAACAGUCAAGAAAAACAACAGAGCUGAAAAUAAUGCGCAUGUAUAGAUAGAUUAUUUCACAAAAUCUUUGGACCUUUCCUCCAGCAAACAUGCAAGUAUGUAUUUAAAAAGAAAUUAUACAUUUCAGUAAUUUAUUGUUCACCGUUGAUUAGCAAAAAUAGGAAUUUUUACUGAAAUCUUGUUAAGAAUUUUUCUGCAAAGAAUGCAGUCUUCAUUGUACACCUAUUAUACUGGGCAUGUUUUAAAGCGCAUUACCAUUUUUACAGUAUUAUUUUCAUAUACAACAUGGUGCAAUUACUGGUAAACAAUAGUGAAAAAAAAUACUGUCAGUGCCACUUAGUCACAGUCAUAUUCUUACUGAGUGUAGUCACUUUUUAUAUGUGCAUGAAUCAAGUGGUUAUACUUGGACCAUAUUUUCAACAUAGUAUUAUUGCCUCUGAUUGGGAUUCAGUAUGACCAGGAAUUUUAUUUAAGGAUGUAACUAUUUAUACCUCAUUUUUACCUCAUUUGUUGGAUUUGUUUUGACUGUAAAUAAUGUUUAUCUAAUACUAGAGUAAGAACUUCCGAUACAUUUAAAAUAUUUGUGGUUAAAAGUUUUCAU